AUGCAUUUACUCAAUUUAUCAUUUCUAUACUUAUUAGUAUUAAUCCAAAUAACAAAUGGAUUAAUUUGUGUAUCAUGUCUUGGUUCAAGUAAUUCUGGUUGUAAUGAUCCAUAUAAUCCAAGCACAUCAGGAGAUAUUCCAGUUCCAUAUAAUAACUAUUGUGCAAAAGUAGUAUAUUCAACUUAUGUUGAACGUAUGGCAGGUGGUCGAUCUUGUACAUCUGGCAAUAGUAGUGGAGGUGGUUUUGUCUAUUGCUGUUCAAAUAAAGAUUAUUGCAAUGGAACAACGAGACAUAUAUCAUCAAUGAUUUUUAAUCUAAGCAUGAUGAUCUUUUUGAUGGUUUUGAAACGAAUGAUAUUAUCCUGA